UUCCUUGAAAUCCAAUUUGAAGAAAAAUUAAAACGGUUGCAGUUCAGAUCAGAGGGAGAGUGGGCAGCUCAAAUAAAUAUUUCAAGUUAGAGAGAGCGAGGGGUUAGAGAGAGAGAUGGGAGGGGGACAGAGGGUUUCUUCUUCAGAUUCCGAAGACAUACACACGUUUGCGCGAGAUGGAAACCUGGAGGCCCUUCAAUCCAUCUGUAUUUCCAAUCCUUUGGCCGUUAACGCCAGAGAUAAGCUUUCUCGAACCCCGCUACAUUUGGCUGCAUGGGCUGGACAGCUAGAGGUGGUGGACUUUCUUUGCAAGCACAAAGCUGAUGUGGGCGCAGCUGCCAAUGAUGACAUGGGUGCAAUCCAUUUCGCUUCACAAAAGGGUCACCUUGCAGUUGUAAGAACCCUUCUACUCUCUGGAGUCUCUGUUAAUGCCUCUACUCGUAAGGGCUUCACAGCUUUGCACUAUGCUUCCCAACGAGGUCACUUGGAACUUGUGAAGUAUUUGGUAAGAAAGGGUGCCAAAAUUGGUGCCAAGAUCAAAGCUGGAAAAAGCGCUAUUGACGUUACACCGAGUGAAGAGGUUCGCACUUUCCUUAUGAGCUGUGAAGAGCCAUCAAAGGAUGGAAAAGAUGUUGGCAAAGCUCGGAGUGUUCUUUCAGAUGAAAAGAGUGGUGACAAUUCAAGUAUAAAAGAAAGCAAGAAAGAAGGUGGGCAUACUUCUCCUUCUUAUAUGGAUGUAAGUAAGAAUGGUGCUGGUUCAAGUAUUGAAGAAGUAAUUGAGGAUGCAGAAGGAAGUGAGAAGAAGAGGGGAAGGGAAGAAGGUAAAGGAAGUGAGUCUGUACCAAAAAAGGCUAGAGUUGCUCUUGGCCAUCUUCUUGCUAGUGAUGAUGUAUCUGAAGAAAUGUAAGUUUGAAACUUUGAACUAGAAUAUGAAGUCAGAUUCUCUGUGUCCUGUGGGGUCUCUCCUUCCACAUCUGAAUAUCCAUUUUAGGAGUAAUCUUCACUAACCAACAAAAGAGAAGUCGUUAGGAUUAGCCUUCUCUUUCUAUUGGUUUUUUUCUUUUUUCUAAAUUGGCAUUCUAGAAGAAAUCUAAUUGUUGGUUUAAUGGGAUUCUUUUUUGCCAAAUGUAGUUAUCUUUUCAUACA